AUGGGUAGUUUCAUCUCGUCACCACAAGUGCUCACACGUAAGGUGUCGGGUCAGUUCCAAGUCGGGUGCAAGGAUUUGAUGAUCGACGGAACAGUGCUUGGAGAUCGUGGCCUGUUUAUGCGAUUAUAUUAUCCAACAGAUAAUGAAAACACCGACAUCUCUUCAUACCCAUUAUGGCUACCAAAACCACAAUAUGCUCACGGACUCGGAGAAUAUCUCGGGCAAUCUCCACAGAAGAUGAAUUUGAUCACAUCGGCGAUAGUCGGAGAGAAGAGAGAAGACUGCAUCGAGAAUGCGCAACUGUCAACGAAGUGUGACAAAUGGCCGAUUGUCGUGUUCUCGCAUGGUCUCGGUGGUUCACGCACAUUCUACUCCACCUACUGCACUUCGUUGGCCUCUCACGGAUAUGUCGUCGCAGCUGUCGAGCAUAAGGACCACUCGGCGUGUUGGACCUAUCAGCUGUCGGAGCGAAAUGGAGAGUUGGUGGAGCAACCGAUCAAGAUUAAGCUGAUUGAGAAGAAUGAGAAGAAUGAGUUCAAGAUCAGAAAUCAACAAGUCGGAAAACGUGUCACAGAAUGUGUCAAAGCUCUCAAUGUCUUGGAGCAACUGAAUCUUGGAACUGUUCCUGAGAAAGUCCUAAUCGGCAACGAUUUCGACUGGUCACAAUUCAAAAACAAGUUCAUCAUGUCGUCGGCGUCAGUCAUUGGCCACUCGUUUGGCGGAGCAACAUCGUUGGCCUCAUCCGCCUACACCACAGACUUCCAAAAAGCUAUUGUUCUCGACGGCUGGAUGUUCCCGCUGGAUUCGACGCAACAAGAGCAGGCAAAACAACCCACGAUGUUUUUGAAUGUUGGAGAUUGGCAAUGGAAUGAGAAUCUGGAUGUGAUGAAGAAAAUCUUCCCACAUAAUGACGGGAAUCUGGUACUCACUUUGAAUGGAGCAGUUCAUCAGUGCUUCUCAGAUUUCCCAUUCAUUUUCCCAACAUGGCUAGCGAAGAAAUUUGGAGUUCAGGGUUCCACCGAACCAUCGACGUGCAUCCAAGCCGCUAUUGAGCUUUCCAUGGUUUUUCUGGAAGAAGGAAAAACUGGAGCACAACGUCUUAAAGAUGAAAAAUUCUCUGAUUUCAUUUCCAAUGAAGUUUACGGUAGAGAGAAAUUCAAACUCUAA